UUCCUAAUCACCUCUUUCUGUUUCUUCCUCAAGCUCCUCCCUCGUGCAUCCCGUCCGCCUUAUUCUCCCACACAAUGUGCCCCGCAUUACUUCGGUGCUCUCUCCUUCGCAAAAAGAUUGUAUCACUCGUAGGUGCUGCUUCUCUCCCUCUCCCUCGAAACCACUCCUCCUUUGUGUAGUUUUUCGUGUUGGUGUCAUAUUAUUACACAGACGCAGGAUAUUCGUGCAGCGUAAGGAUUUCGAGGUUUUAUCCAUUUUUAUUCCUGGGUCUAGGGUUGGAUUUGAUUCCUUGUUGCAAGGAUUGGAGUAUUUGAGCGGAGCAGAGCUCAGUUGAAGAGAUUGCUAGCAUGAGUCGCAUUUAAAGGCUGUGUGAGCUAUAAGGCGUGGGCUUCUGGAGGUGCGCGGAAUGCGUGUACGUGCUGCGGGAGCGGAAAAGUAAGUGCGAGGGUUUUGUGGAGACCUUGGAGGAGCGGGGGUUCGGAGGUUUGGCUACCCGGGGUUUUGCCGUUUCUGAACUGGGUGGGAAGUAGAGACGGGUUAGGCUCAUGGUUUAGGGCAUCGUACCCUUGGGGUUGGGCUGGUGCUUGUGGGGGUUUUAGGAGGUGGAGGACGAGCCCUAUCAGUUACUCAGUUUGCGAUGGAGUGGGAAAAAUCUCUCAGUACUAUCUGCUGGGUGGUGAUGAAGGCAUCGUGAGUACGAUAUCGCAUUUGGUGGAUUGGAAAACGCAAAUACGGCGACGAAGACGAUGAAGAUGACGGAAAAAAGUCGCAUGAUAGUAGUGCUGAAAAUUAAACCAGGGCAUUAGAAAGGUUUUUGUGGUCGGAAUCCUAGUUUGGGUCAGGGGCAGGCGUCUUCGUGUCAAAGAGUUAGGGUUUGCAAAGAAAAGUAGUACAGACAUGGCAUACAUGACAUAGUAACAGGAGAAAUUUGCGGCUUGUCCAUAGUAGUCCUCACAUAGGCAAAGCAGAAAGUAAGGGCGGGAAAUUGGCGGAUAUUUGCAUGCUUCGAUGUCCAAGCGCAGAAUUAGUUGAAUGUAGGCAGGCAGUGGUCGGCACUUAGCUUAGCUUCCGUGAAGCUGGAGAAAAACGGUAUGUCUUGCUCCAAAAUCCCUUGCUUGGAGAUUCCUUUCCAGAACUGUCGAUUCUAUAAAUGAGACGAACUAUCGCAGUUAGAGUACCUUGCAUUUGGUGUACGAAAACAUCUGCUGGGAUUUGCAUAACCGUCCCAUUGGACUGCAAACAUACUAGCAGGAUUGGCAAGGGACACAGCGUGCCAUACAGGAAUGUGUCCAACUUGCAUUUAGAUUUCCUCUGGCGGUUUGAGUGGAGCUCAAGGUGUAAUUUGGAAGACGACUGUGAAGAACCUUAUGUACAUUGAAAGAUCCGGCGAUUGCAUCACUUUUGGCCGCGUUGCAUUACAUCCCGGAAGAACCAUCGCCAUGGAGUGUUGGAAUUCGCAAUAGUGUGAUGCUGAAGUGAUUUUAAAUGGAUGCUAUGGUUUCUUAGGCAUCAAGAGGGACGUUGGUUGGCAAUGAACGUUGGAGUUUGUUGGAAGGCUAUCAGGGAUUGUGGUGCUGAUGUAGCCAACACCCGCAUUAUUUUGGAUGUGUGAGGGGGAGGGGGAGAGGGAGAGGGGGUGAGAGCGAGAGAGAGCAGAAAGAGGGAAGGGGCUGGCAAAUGGAUUCUUUCAGGGUAAUGCCUGUGUAUUAUGACUAACCUCGAUGGCGUCCUAGUCUGAGGGAGAGGAUUUGCGGUGUUGUGUUUCGUGAAGAAAGUAGGACGAGAUUGGUGGUCGGCAGAAAGUGACGGUUGGGCUCCUGCCGGCAGACCUAUCAUGGUCUGUGGCGGGGAUGGAGAGAAGUGAGCCAUCCUUGGUCCCGCAAUGGCUCAAAGGAGCCGGCAGUGUCGGGCCUGCCGGGGCAAGCCACUAUUCGCAGGCGUCGUCUAAUCAUCAAGAUGAGAGCGGGGGAGGCUUUGCGUUGCGGCCCCGCGUUGCGUCGCCUGGGUUAACAAGUGGGGGCAGGGAUGCGGAGUACGACGCGCCACGCUUCCCACCCUCUUCGUCCUCCGAUCGGGCGUAUUAUUCAGCAAUUAGACGGGGACCGGGGGGAGGAAGCAGUGGCAUCAGCGACCGGUCAAUACAAGAGAGGGAGAGUUUUUCACGUGGGUACACCAAUUUUGGUCGCAGCAGUACGUAUCGCAGUUACGAUGCAGGUUUGGAUCGGAGUGACAGGGACACGGUUAGGGAACGGGACUGGGAUUGGGACCGAGACAGGGAGCGGGACGGGCGGGAUAGGAGCAGGGUUUUGGGAGGGUUGGGAGGAUCUGAGGAGAGGGAAAGAGAGCGGAGCGAGCAGCCUGAGAGUUUGUCCGCAUUUCGGAGGCCCGGAUUAGGUCAAUUGCCAGGGGGUCGGUAUGAGGCCGAUUUAAGUGCACCACUUCGACGAGUGCAGUCGAUGGGGUCGGCAGCUCGAGCGCUUGAGAACGGGGAGAAGAAAGCUGCGGAGGCGGGGAGCCUUCGGACAGCUCCCCCUUCGAAUAGCAGUGGGUUGACGAGCAGCAUGCAGAAAGCAGCAUUUGAGCGUAACUUUCCUUCUCUUGGUGCUCAAGAGAGGGGCGGUGGCGUGAGCGGCAUACAGUCGAACCUGGGGAACUUGGUGAUUUCGAGUCCACGGCCACUAUGGCAAGGUUCGUCCACACCGAGGAUGGAUGGAACAAGGUCGGCAGCAUCCUCACCCGGUCUGCCUAAUGGUGGCAGCCCUGGUAGCGGACUGGCAUCUACGACCGCGGGAGGCAGCAAUGGCGAAGGGUGGAGCUCUGCAUUAGCCGAGGCUCCUACUGCUGUGAAUGGCACGCUGGCCGGUCCUUUGAGCUCUCCUGGCACUGUGAUCACUUCGCCGACGUCGGCUCUAGCGAGCAUGUCAGUGUCUGGGAACCUUAUGAAUGCCCCGAAGAUGGCAGAGGCGCUGGUCCAGAUCCCUCCUCGCGUGCGCACCCCUCCACAGUAUUUGGUUGAGAAGGAGCGAUUGGAGGAGCGUGCAUUGCAGCAAUCUCGGCAGUUGAUUCCAAUGGUUCCAAAGACUCUGGGUCCUUCCCCUCGAGACAAGAAGGUGGAGCGGGCAGUGCAUGUGAUAGCUCCUCCGAACGCCUUGAAGGCAAGGCAGGGGAUGGGUAGCUCCCAGCAGGUUUUGAGCUCGCCGUACCGGCCACCGGCAUCUCGUCCCGAGGCUCCGAAGUUGGGGCAAGGAACAGGGAAGAUUUUGACGAGAAAGGUGCCUGUGAAGGAGGCGGUUCUGGUGGUAUCCCCUUCUCCAGUUACCACAGGCCUGAAAACUGAAGCUUCAGCAGUGGUGGCGACGGGUUUGGGAGCCCCUGGGUUGGGUGGAGGAAGCUCUGCAAGUGCAGUCGGGGUUUUGAACAGCGGUCCUCGUAAGCAAAAGCAACUUCUGGAUCGGCGUGCCGUUCCGAUUCCACCAGUUACAGCUGGUGCGAGUUCAGACGGGAGCAGCGGGGGUAUACGGUCGAAAGAUGGAAGUUUGUCUGGAGGUGAUGAACGUCGGCCGUGUGUGCCAACUCAAAAUCGUGUGGACUUUUUCAACGCUCUUCGAAAGAAAGCGGGUUUGGGUGGUACAUCGAAUGUUGUAGAUAAAUUGGACGUUGCAGCACCGAAAAGCGAUGAUUUGUUAAACGGUGUAGAGGUGGGGAAUGGGUUGUCGGAGGAGAGCGUGCAUCCGUUGGGGGACGCUGGUGAGCAUUCUGUGGGAGAGUCGUACCCGUCGGAGAACGGGGAGCGACAAGAGAUUGAUAGCAGCGGGGAUGGCGAAGGAGGUGGCUCCGACUCUGAGGUUUUUGGCACGGUGGGUAAAGAGAACGGCGGGAUGAUGGAGGGCACGACAGAUGACACCGGUGAGGAGCAGGUGUUUGAGGAGGGUGAUGGAUCUCUGCAGCAGCAGUUGGCAUCAGGGGAUGGGCCCUCUGAGGCCGAAGAGAUGUCGUUUUUGAUUUCACUUGGAUGGAGUCAAGCCGAUGCGGAAGAAACAGAUGCUUUGACGCAAGAUGAGAUCGAUGCCUUCAUUCAGAAGCGCAACGAAUUGACAUCUUUACCAGGCGCCGAACAGCGCUGCAGUAACAACCACCACAACCACAACCACAGCCGCAGGCGAAUGGAUCUCAAGAGGCGAAUGGAUGUCCAGGUGGGCAGCAUUGGAAGCGAGACAUCUUGUGUGACGACUUCCGACAGUGAGUCUGAUUGAUGAUUGGGUGGGGGGUAGACGUUUGAGGUGAUGAGGAUGAGGGCGGAAGUGUGGGCGUGAUGCGACAGCCACCUCCGAUGUGAGAGGUGAAGUAGAUAGAGACGGGCGACGAAGAGAAUGUGACGGAGGCGGUGGUAGGGUGGAAGGCUGGUGGAAGUGAUGUGUUUCACAGCAGUCUUGUAGGGGUGGUGGGAAUGGGAUGGGGCGAAGCUCAAUGAAGGAGCCUCAGAGAGGCAUAAGAGACUUGCAGCGGUCAAUUCUUGUAGAGGAAACAGAAUGUAUGCACUUGUCGAGCAGUUUCUCAGUGUAAUGGGUACACAGCAUUAGUAGCGAAUGCUGGGGAACAUCGGAACUCCAGGUUUUGACCACAGAUUCCAAUUGGCGUGGCUGUGAGCAGAUUGGCCACUGACGUCGUGUGUGUAUUGAGGAACGUUUUUGGUUUGUUUCUCCUCCCUAUUUUCUUUCCUGGUUAACAUAAGGGUACCCCUCCCCUCCUUCCCUGGGCGUGCGUUAAGCGGCUUGGGACCUCUCUGGACA